ACGUGGUGGGUAAAAGUCUAUGGAUUGGGCCUAUUCUUCAUCGGAGUAGGAAGAGCUUCUAUUACAUGAACAAAUUUGAGAAUUCUUUAGGUGAAAAACCUUUUCUUUAUCGUUUCUUUUUCUUCAACCCAGCUGCUACAAUCGGAUACUUGCUCUUCUACCUUUUUACACCUAGCUGCUCGCAUCUUCUUCAACAAAAUUCAGACAAUUAUCGGUUCAAUUCACAGGUUAACAGUUUCUAGCAAUGAAGAUCCUAAAGGAAAAUGCAGGCCCUCUUACAAACUUUGAAGUACUUGACUUUUUACGGUCUCGAGGUGCUGCAAAAGACCCUACACGGGUUCUUGCCCCAGUAGCACCUUCAGAAUACAAGGUAUAUGACUACCUGGAGCAUAGUGUUGCUAGUAGUCAAACAAGAGAGAGCAUUGCUGAGUUUGUGACUAAAUGUAAACCAUAUAAGCUCACAAAAACUGAGAUUGCUACUCUCAUCAACAUUAGGCCGACUUCUGCUGUAGAAAUUGACCCGCUGAUUGAAGAUCUUGAUUCCCGAUUAGGAGAGAGUGUUGAAGAAUUGGUAGAGUUGAUUGUGCAGAUGUUUCCCCCUUCUCCGGAUCAAAUUACAACUGAUGAAUGAAAGCAGAGAAUGGUAGGGCAUAUCAUAUACUUAAUUAUAUUCUUAUUUGGUUUUAGGGUUGUUUCAAAUAGAGCAAUAGCCUAGUAACGUUUGCAGUUUGGUUGUGCAAUUUCUUGGUAGCAUACAUGAGUUGCUUUGAACCGAAUUAAAAUUAUCAUAAACUUCGGUCUUCAAUAAUCUUCACCACCCAAGGCCUCACCACCUACCUCAUCCCCUCCCCUUCUUCUAAGGACCACCCCUUCCACCUUCCACACCCCUGGGUGACAACGUAACGCUUGAGAAUGAUCUAAUAGACUCAAAAAUUGCCACUUUUUUU